AUGGCAGACACUCCAUUCGAAAUCGGACUCAUCCAAUCAUUUGCAGAGCAAGCCGUCUUCCUUACGGGCAGCACUGGUGGCAUGGGAGGAUGUAUUCUGUACAAGCUUGCAGUGCAACUCCCUACAAAGAAGAUAUACGUCCUAUGCCGUGGUUCCAAAGAAAGGGCGAUAGCAAAAUGGAGGAAGAGCAUGGGGAACUGCGCCAAUGCCAUUCUCGCGACAAAGAAGGUCGUGUUUGUCUUGGGCGAUAUUGUACAGCCCAAUUUCGGUCUCAGCGAGCACGAUCUCGAGGCCAUGCGCCGUGAUACAACGGUCAUUAUACAUUCGGCCGCGAGUAUCGCAUUGAACAGUGAACUGGCCGAAGCAAUUGAGCAGAACUGCUUACCUUGCUUGGAACUUGCACGAAUGGCCACCUCCUUCCCCAUGUUGAAGCUUCUCGUGCAAACAUCCACUGCCUACGUCAACACAUUCUUGUCCGAUGGCAAGGUCCUUGAGAAGAUCUACAGCGACAUCGCAGAGCAAGACCCCGAGCAGGAACUGCAACACAUCCUGAACACCGGAGACCACCCGAACACCAACCAGUAUACAUGGCCGUAUGCGCACUCAAAACACCUCAUGGAGCGCCUCUUGCAUCACCGACACAGCAACCUCCCGAUUCUGAUCGUCCGGCCGAGCAUCAUCGGCCCAGCGAUCCGUCACCCGUUCCCUCACUAUGGCCCUCCGGGCUCAAACCCAGCAUCCACUUUUGUCCGCGUUUUCCUGUCCAGUGACUCAGAACCAAUGGUCUUCCACGUACCUCAGGGCCAAACAAGCGGAACAAACAUCCUCGACGAAGUCCCCGUAGACUGGGUCGCCAAUGUCGCCCUACUGCACAUCGCGGCAGGAUCAGUUGGAAUCGUGCACGCAGGAGCGCAACUAUAUGUCCCCCGCACGUUGGACGCGCUCCUAGGCGCCAUGCAAGAUAAUGCUGGAGAAAUAGCUCGACGGAAACAGCUUCCGAAAAUCAUUUUCUCUGCCGACCAUUCCGUCGAGCAGUGCUUUCUGGCGGAACUGUUUCGGAUAUGCGCGAGGAAUUGGGAUUUCGAUUGCCAGCGUUCCCUGCGGUUUAAGGAAUUAGCCGGACCGCUUAGCCUGAGGACGGAUGGACAUGAUAUGACCAAGUUUACUGACAGCCGGGUGCGCAUGAUUGCCAGUGAGGUUUUGGCUGCUUCGCGCCCAGCUAAACUGUAA